AAUUGACAGGCAUAUUCACAUAUCAAAACAAAAAAGAGUUGGACUUUGUUUAAAUUGUCACGAAAUUGAUGACAAAUUGUUGAAUUUUAUCAACUACAAAAUGAUAUAAGACCGAUAACGUGCAAAGUCAGCAAUUAAUGACGAUUUCUAAACGAAAUUCGAUUUCAAUGUUUUAGUGCGGAGCGAAAAGUAAAAUGUUUUGUUUGAUGUCGAUCAGUGCCAGAAAAUGUUCAUUCGAUUACCGAAAAAUUUUUGUUGUGAUUUUAUUAACUCAAAACUCAUAACUUCAGCAAUUGCUUGAGUUAUGUUUUCUCUAUAAGAAGAAUCCACGAAACAUGGAACUGAAAUACGCAAGCUAUUCGGCGGUGUUGUUGUGUUUGUUGAUUAAUGCCUUCGGUUUGUUUUGGUUUUGCGUCACUGUACUAUCAUUGAUUGGAUUUUUGCUAGGAAUUCUAUCCGUUGUAUAUUUACAUCAUGGAAAUGUUGACGAAUUUUUGCAGAAGAAUACCCAAGACAAUCCAUUGGAUGACAUCAAACCACUCGGGCUACACUUAGGAUUCGACAAAAAAACGGUUGUCCUAAUAAAUCCGAAUAUAAAAAUUCAAACCGAAUCACUAUCCGCCAAGAAAUCGCACGACCAUCGAAAGAAAAGUCUUAUCGAUUCUGGGCUCGAUCUGUUGUUCAAAAAACAUCCGAAAAGUGUGAAAGACGGAUUGAGUCCAUCACCAUCAGCGCACAGUAAACAAUUGGCUAACAGUGAGAUAAAAUUUCAACCUGACGUUGUUUUAGAUAGCAAAGAACAGCCACAUCAUCCGGAUAAACGGUGGAAACCAUUUGACAGCAUUAAAAUUUACACCGAUAAAAUUAAGGGACAUGAUGAUCAUCACAAAGGUAACAUUAGCAUAGGAGAAGAGUGUGGCUACCCGGUGAUAUCGGUUCCGACAAUUGUCGUCAAACAGCCACAAUUCAAUGACGCAAAUCUGUUGGAUGAACACGGCUCUCCGAAAAGGAAAGUCAAAGCGAUGUUGAGUGGAAAUAAGUCUGUCGAUCAGUUGUUGCACACAAUCAUCGAUUACAUCUUGCGAGACUAUAUUGACUCAUGGUUCUGUUCCUUGUCGGACAACAAGGAGUUCAGCGAAUUUCGUACAAGGAAUUGCAUCGAGGAGAGUGUACAGAACAUUUGCCAUAGAAUCAAAACCGUUCAAUGGGUCCCUCUGAUCACAACGAAACUAAUCGAAAAUGUUGCCACCCAUUCACGACUUUAUCGACUGGCCAGCCAGGCGGUAACGAACAGUGAACACAAAAACAACAAAUCGAAUCAGUCACCGCAACGGCGAACCGCCAAAAAGGAGCAACAUCGUCGCAACAAAAGCGACACGGAUCUCAGUUGGUAUCUGUCCAAUGUGAGCAUGCACAAGAAUGUGGCCAAUUCGAAAUUCUACACCGAUCAUGUGGAUGAAAAGUCGUUGGUCGAUCCGGAGGUGAAGCUACUGCAUGCGUUCUUUAGCAUUUGCGAUACAUUCAGGGACGAAUGUUUGGAUGACGAGGCGUUGGAGAAAUAUUUGACCCAAGUCACGGAAACAAUUUUAUAUUUCACAUUGCCCGAGACGGACUUUGCUUGUCUGCCGUUGAGAACAUUCCUAUCGACUUUAUUGGCAAACGUUGUAUUCAAACCGUUGUUGGAAAUGUUCUCGGAUCCGGAUUUUUUGAAUCUGCAAAUUGCGCGCUUGUGUCCGAAAGAACCUCCGGUAGAAUUUUUGCUCAAACUUCUGCGAUGCUCAUCUGAUUUCUCGGAAUUGCGAGCCUGUCGACAGUUUAUAACAAAAGAAAUGGAUUUGAAAUUCAAAGAUUCGGCUACGAAUCCGGAGUUGAGUAGCCUGAAGUACACACAGAAAUUAAUUGAUUUACGGCUGAGUUACUUGCAAAACCAUAGAUCGGGCAAAUCUGACAAGGAUAAGCCAAUAUCAAAUAUGCCAAUUUUAUCAUUAGACGAAUUGCUGAACAAAGAGAUUGCACUGUCCUACUAUUUGGACUACUUGAGCAUCUUGAAUCUGCAAAAAUAUGUGAUUUUCUAUUUAACGGCUCAGGAAUGGAAACUUACAUUUAGUCGUUCAAUGUUAGACCUACAAGCCAACAAAACGAAAACUUCCCGUGACGAAUUACUCAAAAGUCUGCGCGACAAGGCACAAAACAUAUUCACGGAGUACUUGCUUCCCACGUCUUCGAACUGUUUGAACAUCGACCAUGGACUGAUAGAGGCUUUGACCAUCAAAUUGAAAGAUCAAACAUUGAGCCCCGAGCAGAUGUGGUUCGAUUCGAUUUGUAAAUUUGUUUACGAGAAACUGAAGAAUGAAGAGAUUUUCCUGACAAAUUUUUACCAGAGUUCCGCCUACAAAAAACUUCUGCUCGAACUGGAAUUUUGCGGACAGAAUACCGAGCACAUUGACCUGGAAUCGAACACCACUCAAUUGGACACCGGCAGCGACUCGAAUUCCGGCGAUCUGCAGUACGAAGACGAUGCCGAUGAUGAUGAGCAUUUUGCGACCACUGAUAAACGUCCGUCCAUCGAAAAUAAUAUAAUCGGAGCAGCUUUCGAUUUGUCGGUGCUGCCAAUGUUUAAGAGCUGUGCGAUCGAUGGUAAUGGCUUGUUAGAUGUGGGAUUCAAACAUUCUCGAUCGCAUAGCGACUGCACGGGAAUUACGCAAACGAUGGCCGAUAUUAAGGUGAACUCGUUUCAUCAGGAGGCGAAAGAUACGGACCGGAAAGUCGAUACGAAACAUUUGCCGGCCGUUGAUGCAUCUGAUAACGAUAGUAAUAUUGUCAAAGUGGACUUGUCGAGCUUGGACAAGAUCAGUGCCAAGAUCAUUAACACUGCGAUACAUUGCGAGGGACAAUAUGCCGUGUAUGCCAUUCAAGUGUCGGUCGUGGAAGAUAAUCAACAAAAAUGCUGGCACAUCUAUCGACGCUACUCAAGGUUCCUGGAGCUGAAGAAAAUUUUGGUUAAGAAGUACCCUACGAUGUCACGAGUUCCCUUUCCCGCCAAGAAGGCAUUCCAAAAUACUCAACGAUCUGUGCUAGAACACCGAAUGGCUGUGCUGAAUGAUUUUCUGAGAGUGAUUUGCGCUCAUGCAGAGACCACCGAUGAGAUAUUCAAUAUUAUGAGAGAUUUUGUUGAGCCAGACACGAAUGAUCGCAAGAUAUCCGGUGGAACUGUUAUACGAACGAUCGAGACGCUGGUUAAUCCAAUCAAGUCUGGUAUGCGAACGAUAAAAAACAUGCCCGAUACUCUUGUCGGCGGCAUAGCUAAGAUUUUUCUCGGCAAAGGUCCAAUGAAGGAAGCUUCGUUUUUGGACGUUGCUCCCAUUCACUUAGAGCAAUCAUCCGAAUAUCCAGCGUUAACAUCGGCACUGAAUCUGUUGGACGAGGUAUUCGAUUUACAAGCCCGAUCGCAAUGGUUGCGACGCGGAAUUAUUAAUCGUUUAUUGGGUGCACCGUGGGUGAGUCACACAGCCAAUAAGAAAAUUAUCCAAGCGGCCAAAUCAUUAAUUGAAGUGGACAAAAUUGAGCAUCUUCUGAUGGUGAUACUAAAUAACAUUUGGCCGGAAGGAAAACGAUCCAGCGGACCGGCUGCAAGGGAAGAUAACACAAAAUUGCGAACACGAAUGGCUUCCCGCAUUGCAUUGUUUGCAUUGCUUUCUGACGACUUGAAGCAUGUCCUUGGAUCAGAGACGACGCGUCACGGUCUGUUAAACUUAUUCCAAAUGCUGCAAAAUCGUAAGCUGAACUUGCGGCUGAUGUUAAUUCUACUCAACGAUGUUUUAACGACAGUUUAUCAGACCGACAGUAUGACGCAGCAUGUCACAGCGAAUCGAUAAGAUAACUGGAAAUAAACGGGGGGCCAAAACGUGAUAAAUGUGAAAAAAAUUGAUUUUUCAUUUUUCUUAGUUUUAGUUAUUUAUGUUCGCUGGAUAAAUGAAUUUUGUGAUUUUAUUCCAAUAAAUGAAUUUUAUUUUUG